AUGUCCACGGAAAGCCCUGCAGGUGUCUCCGAAACACCGGAUCCACCGACCUACGUCUACUCUGACGGAUCGAUCUUGCGCAUCGGCUUUUCUUCACUGACGCAGAACCGGCAGUGGAGUGACGGGGCCGAUGUACCAGACUACAACCUCUACAUUACAGCGGACGAUCGUGGCUGGCCCGAUGCAAUGUCGCCCGCACAGGUGCUCAGCAGUCUCAGCGGCUACACGUAUGAGCACGACUGCAGCCAGACGCCAGAUUACGCUCAGGUCGACCGUGAUGGCAAUCCCACCAUCGUGGACCAGACGUUCGGCUACGUGUACAUGAAGGUCUCGCUGACAGCUGCCUCGGGGUCUGGCGACCUGUCUAUCCCGGCGACUCUCUUUUGCUCCCCGCUGCCGGCUCAGCCUGUCGUGACGGUGCGAUCCUCCGACGCGCGGCAGAUCAUGAUCACGUGGCCAUCGCCGGAGCUAUUUGGCGCUCCCCUUCUGGGGUACAGGAUUUACAUGGACGACGGCAUGGGCGGCAACCUGGACCUCUACAGGGAGCUGGCACCAGAGGAGGUGGCCCUCGACGAGAACAACGAGACCGUGAUCCUACCCCUCUAUCCUCUCACGCCGGGAAGGUGGUUCCGACUGAAGGUCGGUACCGUGACGCCUGCCGGCGAGUCCCCGCCUAGUAGCGAAGCUCCACCCACUCCGGUGAUCCAAUACCUGCCAUCUGCGACGUCUGUUCACUUGAGCUGGAAUGCCUCCGCCGAAGACCACGACUACAUUUGUGCUGUCUACGGCUAUCAAAUUCUCAUCAACUCCAGUGACGGCCUCAACGAAAGCGAUGUCCUGAACGCCAGCGUGAUGUCCUACGCGCUGCAGGGCUUGGUGCCGGGCACCCACUACGACUUCCAAGUGCGCAGCCUCGUGGGCGCAGGCUUCCGCGACAGCGGUUGGAGCUCCACCCUGGCAGGCGGAGUUCCUAGCCAGAUGCUCCCGCCUGUGCUGGUCACCGACUUUUCCACUGUCAGCGUCGCCUAUGUCGGUUGGACAGCUCCCGAUAUGAACUUCGGGCAGCCUGUAGGCUACGAGUUGUACAGGGACGAUGGCCCAGGAACAAGGAUGCGCACGGAGCCAGAUUCGUCUUGCACUGCCACCACGAAUUGCGUCAACAACACAUGCGAUCUCGUCAGCGUGUCAUUGGUGCCCGAUGCUACUGGCUGUUCGGUGUCGGCCUUGACGCCGGACACACUGUACCGCUUCCAAGUGCGAGCGCUGAACCAGUUUGGCGCUGGGCCUCUCAGCGACAUCGCUGAGAUCUCCGUCGGCACCGUGCCAACCGUGCAGCCGCCGUGGUUGGCAGACGCGGACAAUUGCAGCCUGAACUGGCGCUGGUAUCCCGCGGCAGAGAAUGGAAGGCUGGUGCACAGCUACGAGUUCAAGCUCGAGGCGUCAGACAAUGAGACUUCUUUACUUGUGGAGGAGGUGUGGAUCUUGAACGGCUCCUUCGACGAGCCGCGCCUCGGUCUGCAGCUCUCCCUGGACUCGGACUCCUGGCCCGAGCUGGUCUACGGGAGGCACUUCCGUGCGGCGAUCCGCGCCGAGAACGAGCUCGGGGUUUCGGCGUGGUCGGACUGGUCGCCGACGGCCUACUGCAUCCCUCGGCCAGGCACCGUGGCCGGGCUCGUCCGGGAUCCGAACGUGGACAUCACGGCUGGCAUUGUGCAGCUGGUGGCGUGGGAUCCUGUGACAUCCGCCAUCGCCGGCAGCAGCGAUUGGGACGAGCUAGGUUUUCAAUACGAUAUCUGGGGCAAGCCUCAUCCAAACUUCGGGAACGUCAGCUGGGAGAGCCUCCUUCAGAUCAACACCCACGAGGGCGAUCCACCAGUAGCUGUCACGCCGUCGGUGGCCAUCGACACCUUCCCGCGCACGCCUUUGAACUCCUACUGGGCGUUCAAACUGCGACUGAAGAAUCACAACGGCUUCUAUGGGGACUUCACCCCGGAGCUGCAUCUGAGCACCGGGCAGCUUCCCAGCGCGCCCCUCGGUCUCAGCGGCGUGGCAAACGACACCGUGGUCCUGAGCUGGCAGAUACCCAACCUGGACGGCUUCGUGCCCAUCACGCAUUACGAGGCCCGCUGCAACAGCGAUCCAUGGGAGAAGGUCCUGAACACGGACCUGAGCCACGAGCUCCAAGCCUCCUCCGGCUCGGCGGCCUGCGAGGUCCGGGCGGCCAAUGCGGUGGGCACCGGACCGGCUUCCUCUUUGACUGUGACCGUGCCGUGA